GACGCUUUUGGCAGAAGGACGUAUUGGAUCUGAUAAUGGUUCCAUAAAAAGAAGUUAGUGGAAUUUGUCGAUACUUCUGUUAUGGACUAAUUCAGUAUUACUAAAAUCAUCGCUUGACGGAACAAGACUUCAACUUUCUAAGUUCUUUGCUGACGUCUCUUAAACGUAAUCAGCACACUUAAACAAAUGUAACGUUCAGUUGAACGUUAUUUUAAUUCCUAAACGGAUCGUUUAAACCGUAAACUUCUGUAUUUUUUCGCAGUAUUCGUAUUGUGAGAUAGGAAUUUCUGAAAAUUCCGAAUAAUUUAGUGCAAUGUAGGCAAGGAUCCUAUUCUACUGUAUUUAUUAGCUUCAAAGAAUGAUGGGCUAAAUAAUGGUUAAUAGUGAAAACCAAUUUAUUGUGUUCUGUCAUGUUCUCUGAAGCGAAACAUUGGAUCCAUUUGUAAUGUAAGACAAUGGGCGCCUUCGCGUCAUGGAUUACAUUUCUAAAUGCACCCUACCAAGUUCUCAUGCUCGCAAGGUGGUAUAUAACGCAUCAGCGAUUUUGUAAAGGCAUCAGUUUCGUCUUGUACUUCAUUCAGCAAUCAAGACCUCUAGAAUUAUUUCAUCGGACUUCACUGUAAAAUGGCUACAAUAACGAUGUUAACAGCCUUACUGCUGACAGCCCACUUGUGGCAGAACGUUAAGGCCGGAAUUUACCCCGUGGCUGGUAAAGAGACUGGAAACACCUACGCUUAUUUCAAUGGACCUGUAGCCACCCCCGCAAAACCGGUUAUUCUAAAUUCGGUGGGAAGCGGAAGCGGUGCUGGAAGCCUUGGACGUUUCGGAGUAGCUGGCGUACGUAGCACUGCUGGAGGACUUGGUGUCGCAGGAGUUGCAGGGGCACCUGAAGGACUUUCUGUUGACUAUUCCGCCUAUCCAAGCUACAAGUAUGGUUACCGUGUAGCGGACGUACGCACUGGGGAUACUCACUCGCAGCAAGAGGCACGUGACGGAGAUACCGUAGUGGGCCAAUACUCGGUCCAGGAACCGGACGGCAACGUGAGAACAGUCAAGUACGUCGCAGACAACAAUGGCUUUCAGGCUCAAGUACACAAUACGGCGAAAAACAACAAUCCUGGUACUUAUGUUGUCCGUGGUAAGUGACACUAGGUACCAUCUGGGAUUCAGCGCAUCGUUGUUAAAAAUUGUAGCUAAUGUUUCGAGAAUAAACACUAACUUGUACACGAACACUUUUCUUAGCAGAAAUCAAAUACAUCUUUUGAAAGUUC